GAAAAAGUUAGUGUAGUAAUUUAACGAAAACAAAAACACAAUAAACAAACAUGGCAGCGGCGCGGCGGCUGCUAUCACGUAUGCGUGUGAUUCCGUUACCGGCGGCGGUUGGCGCGGCGGAUAGUGUCACGUUGGCCGGUGGCGCAUAUGCGUGUAAUUGUAGGUGUAACAGCAAAAUUCCAGCUUUGAAUACAAAAUAUUCGAGGUUGAGUUCUUCGUCUAUAUCAUCAUCACUAUGGCGGAGGAACAAAAUAGAUCAGAAAUUGCCCUUGAUUGUAAAAGCUGGAGACCCAGUUCUUCAUGAACCUGCACUUGACAUUGAUCCAAAUGAGAUUAAAUCAGAGAAGAUUCAGAAGAUAAUCGAUGAAAUGAUUCUUGUUAUGAGAAAAUCCCCUGGAGUUGGUCUUGCUGCUCCACAAAUUGGAAUCCCCUUAAGGAUAAUUGUUUUGGAGGAUAAAGAAGAAUAUAUUAGUUACAACACAGAGGAGGAGACCAAAGCACAAGACAGAAGACCUUUUGAUCUUUUGGUGAUUCUGAACCCCAAGCUAAAGAACAAGAGCAACAGGACUGCCUUCUUUUUUGAAGGGUGCUUGAGCGUUGAUCGAUUUCAAGCUGUGGUAGAGCGGUACCUUGAUGUCGAGGUGUCAGGUUUUGAUCGAUAUGGUGAGCCAAUCAAAAUAAAUGCUUCUGGUUGGCAGGCUCGGAUUUUACAGCAUGAGUGUGAUCACCUAGAUGGAACACUAUUUGUUGAUAAGAUGGUACCUAAAACUUUCAGAUAUUGGAGAAACAUGGAUCUGCCACUUGCUCAUGGUUGCCCCAAACUUGGCCCCCGAGCUUAAAACUGGAGCUGCCUCUGAUUCAAAACAAGUUUCAUAUGCAAAACAUUAGUGAAAAGUUGACUUUUGAAGACCUUAUAAUGUAGUCCAGUGUCUGGUCCUUUAAGUUAGAAAUAUUGAAUCAGUUUGUGAAUUAGUAAUUUUCCUCAAAAAUUUUGUACUAUCCUAUUGCAAUCUGUUAUUACUGUUUCUGAUCAAUUCAUUAAACAUAAGUUUCAAUAACAAGGAUAUUGAUUUUGCUUUUCUU